AUGACGAAAACGAAGAGGCAAUGGCUAAGGGGCCUUCCUAAAGCAGAGCUUCAUCUUCAUCUCGAAGGCACUGUCACCCCGGAGACGUUGGUCGUUUUGUCGCAACGCCAUGACUCAACGCCGCUGACGCUCGAGGAGGCUCGGGCGCUGUACGAGUACAAGGACUUUGUGCACUUCCUGGACACCUUCAAGCUGGUUCUUGAUCGCCUGCUGACGCCCAAGGACUAUGCACUGAUCACGCGGGAGAUGAUGCGCCAUCUGCACGCGCAGGGUGUCGUCCACGCUGAGGUCUACAUGUCGUGGGGCAACAUCCUGCACUGGAAGGCCCCGCUGCAGGUCGAGGAUGUCAUGGCCGCGGUAGAGGACGCGAGGAUUGAGGUCGAACGGGAACUCGGCGGCCCAUCUGUGUAUUGGAUCGCUGAUGCGAGCCGUCAGUGGGGCGCCGAAGAGGCCGGUAGGGUAUUCCAGCUGGCCGGCAGCCUCAGACAUCGGUUCCCCAAUAUCGUCGGCAUUGGGAUCGGAGGCGAUGAAGUAGGUGGGCCCAUUGAGUGGUUUCGUGAUCUCUACCUAGAGGCCAAGAAGGCAGGUCUGCGACUCACGGCACAUGCUGGAGAAGCCACCGGCUCCGUGCAAGGUCCCCUGGAGAUGCGAAGCGCGCUGUCGAUGGGAGUGGAACGCAUCGGCCACGGGCUUGCAGCGCAGUAUGAUGAUGACCUCAUGGACAUACUGGCGAAGCAACAAGUUCCAUUGGAGAUCAAUGUGACUUCAAAUAUCAGGACUGGUUGUUGUCCGUCUGUGGAGGCUCACCCAUUACCCAAAUUCUUGGAGAAAGGAAUGCUAUGCACGGUGAACUCGGAUGAUCCUACCAUGUUCGGUGCCGACUGCCUAGACGACUACGUCCUGAUUAGUGACGCCUUCGGUCUCAGUCUUGACAAAAUGAGAGAACUGGCUCGCAACUCGUUUAGUGCCAGCUUCCUUCCCGAGGAUAAAGCGAAACGCUGGAUUUCCGCGCUAGAUGCGUAUAGGUGA